AUGGACAGCGGUACGCAGCCGACGCAGCAGUCGACACAGGCGACUCAGAGAUACCUGAUAGAGAAGUUUUCGCAGGAGCAAAUUGACGAUAGCAUUGUGUGCCGAAUCAUAUGUGCUUCUGGCCAGAUACCGAUACGAGACCUACGAGCGGAUGUGGAGGAUAUUGUGCGGGAGAAGGCGGCGAUAAAGAAAGUUUGGAGUUUUGGCAGAAAUCCGGCAUGCGACUACCAUAUGGGGCAUAUCACAAGGCUGUCGAACAAACAUUUCAAGAUACUGCUGGGCGAAGACGGUAAUCUGUUGCUGCGAGACUGCUCGACGAACGGUACGUGGCUGAAUGGGCAGCGAGUGGAAAAAGACAGGAACCAGAUUCUGUCUCAGGGAGACGAGAUUACCGUUGGUGUAGGCGUGCCCGAAGACACGCUCACUUUGGUGGUCUUUAUCAAUGAAAAAUUCAAACAAGCGCUCGAGCAGACGAGACUGAACGGGCUGAGGAAUAACCUGGACGAGAUCGGCAGCAAGUCGAGACUUCAGUCGUCGUCCGGGGUCAACAGCCAUCGCACAGGCGUCUUCGUGGACUUCUCGAUCAAGGAUGAAGUCGUCGGCCAGGGAGCGUUUGCUACCGUUAAGAAGGCUGUGGAGAGAUCUACGGGCAAGACGUUCGCAGCCAAGAUCAUCAGCAAGAGGAAAGUGAUGGGCAACAUGGAUGGAGUAACCAGGGAGCUGGACGUGCUGCGAAAGCUGAACCAUCCGCGUGUCGUGCGGCUCAAAGGGUUUUACGAAGACGAAGAGUUCUACUACUUGCUUAUGGAGUUUGUGUCCGGCGGUGAUCUAAUGGACUUCGUGGCCGCUCACGGAUCAGUUGGAGAAGACGCCGGACGUGAAAUAACCAGGCAAGUGCUUGAAGGUGUAAAAUAUAUCCACUCCCAGGGUAUCAGCCACCGAGAUUUGAAACCAGAUAACAUUUUGAUAGAACAGGACGAUCCGGUGUUGGUCAAGAUCACUGAUUUUGGUCUCGCCAAGGUGCAGGGAAAUGGGACGUUCAUGAAGACGUUCUGUGGCACAUUAGCAUAUGUUGCGCCAGAGGUCAUAGCCGGGAAAUCUGGUGCCGAGGAGAAUGAGGUGAGAAACGAGUACUCGUCUCUGGUGGAUAUGUGGUCAAUGGGAUGCCUCGUUUACGUGAUUCUUACCGGCCAUUUGCCAUUCAGUGGCAGCACUCAGGAACAAUUGUACAAACAAAUAAAAAAGGGUUCAUAUCAUGAAGGACCGCUAAGAGAUUUCAGGAUUUCAGAAGAGGCGAAAGACUUUAUAGAUUCGCUUCUUCAAGUAGAUCCGAACGCUAGACCAACCGCUGAAAAGGCACUCCAGCACCCGUGGAUCAGAAUGGCCCAGGUAACCAGUUCUUACGGGUGCCCAUCGCAGGUGUCCCUAUCGCAGUCGUUAUCACAGCAGAGAGCCCUGGAGAACAUGGACGAUGCUCAGCUGGAGUUUAUCAAAGCCCAGAGAAAAAUGCAAAAUCAAUUAGAACAACCAAAACAAUCGCAAGGGUUCAAGGUGCCAAAUCAUGCGCCUAUGCGUUACACGCAACCUAUAGCUCCGGCUAAUGAAUCAAUCGAGCUGAUCCAAUCGAACAGCGCCAUUCCUAACGGGAUCAAAAAGAAGGGCGGCGGCAAGUUUUUAACUUUACGACCUCUUCCUGACAGCAAAGUCCAGGAAAGCGUUGAGAUCAAACAGGGCGUGAACCCAUUCUUUGUGGGCAGAUCAGAUGACUGCAACUGUAAGAUUGAGGACAACAGGCUCUCGCGAGUGCACUGUUUUAUCCUUAAAAAAAGGCAUGCUGUAGGGAACAGCAUCUACGAGUCUCCAGCCCAAGGGCUGGAUGACGUAUGGUACUGCCAUUCCGGGACAAACGUAAGUUACCUUAACAAUAUAAAGAUGGCGCCUGGAACAAAAGCAAUUCUGCAAGACGGUGACGAGAUCAAAAUUAUCUGGGACAAAAAUAACGAUUUCUUGAUCGGCUUCAAAGUGGUUCUCAACGACACCACAGGUCUUUUCAAUAACGGUCUCGGACUUGGCUCCGCCUCGCAAGAGCGCCAACUGAUACCUCAAACUGAAGAUGAGAAGAGUUUAGUCAAGAGGCUGAGUCAAAUGAUGGCCAUCAAGCGUUCUCACAAGGGGCCUUUGCCACCCUCAUCUCCAAUCACCACUGCGCAACAGAGUCUACAAAAUGAUUCCAGCCAGAACGGCAAACAAGACAGUAGUGGACAAUUACUAAAGAAUGUGCAUUCAGUGAGCUUAUCCCAGUCUCAGAGUUAUUCCACCAAGAAGAUCAAGCGUGCUAAGCUUGGCCAGGCUGCCAGAGACCCUGAGAACUUGCAGUUCUCGUAG